CCAUAAGAGAGAGAGAGCAAUCAUUUUCUUAACGAAUGGCUAAGCCGCAUUGAUAACAAACAGAACAAAACAAAUGCAUGAAUGUAUUGGUGUACUUUUAUGAUGCAUUUAGAAAUUUUGACGUAUCGUCACCGGUUGACAAGAUAAGGUAAUAAUCGGUAGAAGGAUAUGAUAAUAAAUUUAAUGUGUGAUCGAAUACAACCCAACUUUACGCUUCCUUGUAGUUGCAUCUUUUCGUACAUUUAGAACAUGGAUUGAACAUUGUGCGAGGUUAGGUUUGUCGCCUAUUUCUGAUCACCCCUCGCCAUCGUUUUUUUUUACUCGUAAGGUAAGUGAAAAAAAUAAUUAGGUAAGAGUGCGCCUCUUAACGCGUCCUGCUAAAACGCGUCCAGGUACAUCUUGGUUAUGUGUGGUAAAACGCCCGGAGAAGGAGGAAUGUCGCAGGUAGCAUGAUCAUACUCCGUAACUAGGUAUGCCAGGAUAAAGUGUCACAGGAUCGGUUCUUGCGGAUUACAGUAUAAAAGCUGCAGACGUAGACAAAUCACGUAACAGUCGAAAAUUUUCCGUUCAACAGAGUGGAAGGAUAAUUCAGCGGACGAGCAAAAUAAAAGAUCCUAGUUCGAGUAAAUCGAGUGAUCGUGACUGAAAAAACGCGUGCAGUUUCUGUGUACAAAAUGCAAGCCAAUACGAUCGAUAUAAUGACAAACGAACAGUUGAGUGGUUCGUGGAGUGCGAUUCCGUACAGUUACAGUGACUACAGUGUACCGGGUGCGGAAUGGUUAAUAUCGCCUUCAACGAGCCUGGAAAGUGCACGGCAGACCUGUGAAUCUAUGGCACAGCAAAACAAUUUCUUCCAACCGGCGAACGCAAGAGGAAUUAAUCGAAUCACAUCCCAGGCGUCACCGAUCGAAGCGGCGGAGGCCGAUUCUACACAGAACACUUAUCCUUACGCGGUACCAUACCAUCAUCAUCAACAUCAGACAGUGAACUAUGGAGCGAAUCAGCAUUUGCAACAAAAUCAUCCGCAAAAACAGUCCCAACCGAUCCGGAAGAUUUCUCCAAACAGUGCCCGAUAUGUUCCUCACGGUUACUACACCCAACCUGGACGUACAUUGGCAACCACCGCUACUGGAUCACCGGUGCCGCAACCAAGCUUGUAUCCUUCCCCACCGGUACAGGGAUUAACUACGGAAGAAGCGAGCUACAAUAGUAAACCGUUCGGUGUGGUUUACAUGAAUGGUAACCAUGCACCGGCACAAAUCGGCUACACCGGUUACGCGGAAUCUGCGAUGUCCAGCUUAUGUAAUGGUCCAGUUAGCAACGAACUUUACCAACCGUACAAUGUGUCCCCUAUGGGAUAUGGGGAGAGUUCACCAGCGUUUCCUGGCAUUGGCUUAUCGCCGCUAGAAUCCCCGUUCGCACCACUAAAGUACGAUGCGUGGAAUACGGAAUCGCCCAUAAUCCAACCGUUGAUGUCACCGAUGGAACACGCGAUAGCGAUCAAGCAGGAAUAUAUUUCGUCAGCCUACAACAGUCCUUCGCCCUCUACCAUCACCGGUGGUAGCUGCGUUAAGUUGGAGCUUGUGUCCAACUCAUCCCUAUCGCCUCCACCCGGUGGCAAUAGCAGUGUUGUGGAUUUACACGGACCAAGUGGCAUUUGUAAAUCACCGUCUGCGUCUCAUCUGCUGUCUCAACCGAAGGAUAAUAGGGCAGACAGCAAUCCCGACACCGUACCAGUGAAGAAACCGACGCGCAAAACUAACAACUACGGUGACCAGUACGCGUGUCCCGAGUGUAGACGUACCUUUGCGCGGCAGUGCGGUCUUACGCAGCACACAAAGUGGCAUCAUUCGGGUGAGAAGCCAUUCCGCUGCAUAACGUGUGGGAAAUGUUUUAGUGAACAGAUCGCCCUGGACGAUCAUCUCGAGCGGCACACGAGUAUCGACAAGCCGUACCAAUGCCAGCUGUGCCCGAAAGCUUUCUUUCACAAGAACGAUCUGCGUCGCCAUGGGUUCCAGCAUACCGGAAAGGCACCGCAUGCCUGCCGAUACUGUGCGAAAACGUUUGCCCGGAAAGAUCACUGCCACAGCCAUGAGGGAUCACAUGAGCGGAAAAUGCAGCGCAAGCAGCGAAAGACAAAGGACACGACGCGGAUAUCUGCUACUAACGAUGCUUUGCAACUGCAAAGCCAACAGAAUUAAGGAAGUGUAAAGCCAACGCGACCAGAUCGCCCAGAACUGGACGACAUCUAGAGCAUAGCGAUAAUUGUUAAUUUAUUGUAUAUUUGUAAAUCAAGAUGUAUUUGUAGCUGUGUGUGUGUAUGACUGGGGGGCCAACAGUCCGCGACCAAAUAUGUGAUUUUUAUUGUACAAAAUGCAGGGAUGUACAAGAAGUAGUUUUAAUCAUAGGAAGAACGGACAAUCAUGUGCAAUGAUCGUAUAAAUAAACCACUUUGAAGACUAA